AUGUCUGAGGAGUACGACGUUCUCAUUUGCGGUAGCGGCUCGGCCGGUCUUUGCGCAGCAGUCUGGCUAGCUCGAUGCGGCAUCAACUUCAAAAUCCUCGAGCGGCGAGAAAGGCCACUGAAGCAAGGCCAAGCAGAUGGUGUCCAAGUCCGCACAGUUGAGAUUCUUGAGCACCUGGGUCUCUCAGAGGAUGUGCUGAAGGAAGCUUAUCACGUUCUCGAACUUGCAUUCUGGUCACCCGACGGCAACGGCGGAAUUCGCAGGUCACAUCUCGAACCAGACACCGAGCCCGGACUCAGCCAUCUACCCCAUGUGAUCCUGAAUCAGGCACGCAUCAACGAGAUUUUGAUUGAGGACAUCGUGAAGUCAUCUGGUCAAUCACACAUUCAGUAUGGAAGUGACAUACGUGAAGUUGUUGUCGAUAGCGAGGCCGCGGCAAACCCCGAUGCCCGUUGCGUGACUGUAAAGGCGAUUGAAAAUGGUGUUGAGCGCACAUAUCGUGCCAAUGCGGUGAGGAAGUCUCUUGGCUUCAAGAUGGUGGGCGACAGCAGUGAUGUGGUCUGGGCUGUCAUGGACAUUUACCCCAAGACCGAUUUUCCCGAUAUCCGGAAGAAGAGCGUCAUCCAGUCUGACUCAGGCAAUCUGGUCAUCAUCCCCAGAGAGGGUGACGAGAUGGUCAGGUUCUACAUGGAAAUGCCAGUCUCAACACCGGGUGAAGUCACACCUGAGAGAGUGAAGGAGCGUAUCGAUGGCAUUUUCAAGCCUUACCAAGUCGAAAUAGCGGAGACAUCGUGGUUCUCUGCAUACUCCAUCGGACAACGGCUUGCGGACCAUUUUACAAAAGAUUAUCGGGUCUUCCUUACCGGCGACGCCUGCCACACACAUUCGCCCAAGGCGGGACAAGGCAUGAACGUCAGUCUCCAAGAUGGGUACAACAUUGGAUGGAAACUCGCCGCAGUUCUCCGAAAGCACGCUCAUCCUUCGAUAUUGGAGACGUACGUCUCUGAACGUCACCAGACAGCCAAGGGCCUCAUCGAUUUUGACAGGCAAUUCGCAAAGAUGUUUUCUUCGGCGUACCGGAAAGAGAACGGGUACACCACUGAAGACUUUCAAGAGUAUUUUAUCAAAUCGGGGAGAUACACUGCUGGUCUAGCCACACAGUACCAGCCAUCGAAGCUCGUGAGGCCUGGUCACAAAGACAACUUGGCGUCUGGUGUCAGCGUAGGAAUGAGAUUCGAAAGCGCGCAAGUCGUUCGCUACUCUGAUGCCAAAGCAAUGCAACUUUCGCAUGCUCUGUGUACAGACUCGAGGUGGUCUUUGAUUAUCUUCCCUGGCGAUGUAGUAGAGGCUCAGGCAGAGAAACGCCUGAUCCAGGUGAGCAAAAUGAACGUCUCUUGCAGCUUUGUUCACAGCAUCACUAAACAUGUGUACAGGUCGCAGAAUCGCUUGAAGUAUUGA